UAAAAACUAAGGGGGUUUUUAGAAAUUAAUCCUCUCUGUUGGGACCUCGUCAUCUCCUCUGUAUCAUAUUUUAAAAUGGGACUCUCCUGUCAGUCUCUGGACCUAAUUCCAGUUUUUACGUGCCAAUGGACAUCUCAAGAGGGGUUGGAUUGGGAUUGCUUCUUCAUCCAAUUUGCUCCAAUAUUGUUGUCCGCACAGCUUGUUGUGGCGUGAGUACUGUUUUACCCGCUUAUUCUACUUUUAAGGCUAUUGAGAACGAUAAUCACCAUGAACAACGAAGGUGGCUUCUUUAUUGGACUGUUUAUGGAUCUUUUAGGGCUGCUGAAGUGCUUACAGACAAGAUUCUCACCUGGUUUCCACUGUACUAUCAUGUGAAGUUUGCAUUUCUAGUUUGGCUACAACUUCCAUCAGCCAAUGGAGCCAGGCAUAUGUAUAUGAGCCAUCUCCGCCCACUUCUGUUGAGACACCAAGCUAGACUUGAUCAGAUUGUGAACUUUUUAUAUCGUGAAAUGAGUAACUUCAUCGCACACCAACCACAAUUUCGAGUUGUGAGGUCAAUUUUUAUGGAAAUUGGGACACUAGUAAACCAAACGGUUAAGGAUGUCAUUCGUCCCAUACCAAGGCAGGGAAAUCAUGCCAUUGAAGGCCCAACUGCACAAAUUCCGGAUCCACAUCCAGACCAAGGCAUUGAACAUCCAACCGUGCAAAUUCUAGAUCCCCAACUAAACCAUGAAGAUUGACAUUUCCUUACUGAUAAGCCAAUCCAUCUACUUCCACACAUCAGGGCAAAAUUUUUGUCUCAUCUCAGAUUAGGCAGUAGUAGCUUUUGUUUUUGCACCUGAAAUGGCCAAAACAAUGUAAACAAAAUAUCUGCCCUAAAAUGUUAAUUUUAUCUAGAAGUUUGGUUUUGUGAACUGAACUAGAGAUCUUAAUUAAAAUCUGCUGAAUUGCUUAUUUUUUUUACUAGUGUGAUUGUAGUGAAUGGAAAACCCCAGCUGUAAAUUUUAAACAAUUCCAUCUAUCAAUAGUUUCUUAUGACUUUAGUUGUUUCA